AUGGCCACCAAACCAGCCCAAAUCAACUACGGCCAGCGCCUCCUGCCCGUCGUAAUCGACGAGCUCGCCCGCGAUGAACCCCAGCGCCCCUGGGCCUCCCUACCCCUCGACGACAAUGACCUGACCCAAGGCUACGAAGACAUCAGCUACGCCGCCUUCGCCAACGCCAUCAACAAGCUGUCAUGGCUCGUCGAGGCAACCAUCGGGCGGUCCACCUCAUUCGCCACCAUAGCCUACAUGGGCCCAUCAGACGUGCGGUACCAAAUGAUGCAGAUGGCCGCGUGUAAAACAGGCCACAAGGUCCUGUUCUCCUCUCACCUUAACAGUCUCCAUAUCCACGUAUCUCUGAUGGAGCAGACGCGCUGCCAGGCGCUGUUGACAGCCUCAGGAGUUGAUGUAGACGAUAUUUUGGAGGGGAGACCAAUGCUCCACGCGCUCAUCCCGGAACUCGACGACUUGCUGUGCAUGGACGACAUCGCUGACCACUACCCCUACACCAAGACCUUCGCGCAGGCGGCGCAGGACCCCUAUCUCGUGCUCCACUCCAGCGGCACGACGGGCGACUCGAAACCCGUCGUCAUCAACCACGCCGCCGUCGCGACGGUCGAGCGGCAGAACCUGCUGCCGGACGUCGAGGGCUGGACCCAUUUCCUGCUGUCAAAACUGGGGAAGGGGGUGCGGUUCCUGGUUCCCUCUGCGCCGUUCCAUGCUUUGUGUUCUAUGGGGUCCUUGUGUUCGAGCGUCUUUGGCGGCGCUGUAUUCGUGCCUGGACUUCGACAUCGGGCCGUCGAGCCGAGCGAGAUCUGCGAUGUUUUGACGCACUGCGGUGCGACGAAGGCGGUUCUGGUGCCGUGGAUGAUGGAGGAGGUUGCGAGGAGGCCUGAUGCGCGGGAUUAUAUCGAGAGUUUGGAGGUUGUGUGUUUUGGUGGAGCCGCACUCUCGCCAUCCGCCAGCCGCAUCUGGGCCCAACACACAAAAAUCCAGAACUUCUGGGCCGGGACCGAGUUCCUCAGCCCUCCCCAGCUGGAAGCCGACCCCGGCGACCACGCCUACGUCUUCUUCGACGUCGAGCGCGGGGGUCUCGAGUUCCGCGCCGUCCAAGUAGACAGCUACUCCUCAACUUCCUCAUCUUCAUCCACGGAGACGCUGUACGAAAUGGUCAUCACACUAACGCCCAAAUCCGCCCUGUUCUCACCCUGGCACGCCCGGAACGGCAUAACGCUCGAUUCUAAUUCGACACCCUCAGCUUCUGAGAUCGCGGUCGGGGACCUCUGGACGCCCCACCCGGAUCCGAAAAAGGCGCGCUACGCAUGGCGCUUCGCCGGCCGCCUCGACGACCUGAUUACCUUCUCGACGGCCAUCAACCUCCGCCCCGCCCCGAUGGAGAGCGCGCUCGCGGCGCACGAGUCGGUGGGUGCCGCGCUCGUCAUCGGCAAUCGUCGCCAGCAACCCCUAGCGCUCAUCGAACUCGCGCCGGGCGUCUCCCCGGAAGCUAUCUCGGAGAUUUGGAAGGCUGUCAUACGGCCGCUGAAUGCUAGGGUGCCGGCGCAUGGACGGGUCGCGGAGACGCAUGUGCUGCCUGUUGCGGCAGGGGAGUUCGUGCGGACGCCUAAGGGGAGUGUUGCGAGGGGGGAAACGGAGAAGAAGUUUGAGGGAGAGAUCGAGGUUGUUUAUGCGCGGUUUGGCGAUCGGUGGCAGGAUGGGAGUGAGAGGUAUGUAGCGAGUGGCCGGAGGCUUGCUCGGAGCUUUUUGUAG